GCUAAUGAUGGCGGCAGCGGGAUGCGGAUCAGCAACCGCGGCUACCGGGGGAGGCCCAAGCAAUAUGGCCACGGCUCGGGGCCGUUUCCCGGGUCGGCCUUGGUCAUCACGUAGCCGAUUGCGUUCUGAGAAGCGUUCGCAGCUCGUCCGGUUAGGGACUGAAGCCGGGGAGACGGACACAGGAGGCCCUAGGCCCGCCAGCCUUGGACUUGCGCUGAACGACGACCAGUCUCACCUGCGUUUACUGGGGAUGGAGGCUAAAUACAGGCGCCUGGGAGAGGCCGGUUACAACUCUAGUGGUAGCGAAGAGGGAGAUGAUUUUCAGGGGUUUGAGCCAGACAAUGAAGGCUACAAGAGCCCUUUGCGUUCAGGACAUAAUCCCUCCAAAGGCAAUUCCUUUACAACUAAAUUGUCAGCGCAGACAGAGGUGAAGCCCCCUCCGGCAUUGGCCCUUCCAGCAGCAACAACUGUGUCACCAGCUCCUAAAAAGCUCUCUAAAGCUUCCCAAGAACCUAGGCAGAAGUCUUUAAAUGCCAAGCCUCAAACAAAUAGUGGCAAAGGUUCCAAAAACAACCCCUCUCAAACAUUAAAGAAAGGGGGUCCCUCCUCAUCAGCACGGAACAAGCCACAGAGCUCCACUAAGCCCAGAAUAACUGUCAGGCUGGUGGCCAAAAAGACAGUCAAGAACGAAACGGUUGUCUGUCAAAAGCCGGUUAAAAAACUCAAGGUAGCGGGAUACAAAUUCCUGUCAAAAGCUAGGAAAAUCCAAGGUGCUCAGCUCUCUAGUGCCCAUGUCAAGUUAAAGAAAGGGAGUCUGACUUGUGGGACAGAGCCCUCGAAAGGCAAAGGUGGAGCGAGAGGAAGAGCCACAAUCACAAAGCAAGGUGGGAGGUCCGCAGGCAAGAAACUAGAAGGUAACAGUGUUCGUCAGAGGUCUAAAACUAAAAUUGAUCACCAAAAGACGGAAAGUAAGAGAUCUGUGUGCAAGCAAGAUCUUCCGCUGGAAGCCAGAAAUGAGUCUAAAACUGACGAAAAGAAGAAACGGAAACGCAGAAAGAGAGCCUUAGAGACAAACACCUCAGUUUCAAAACAGAGGAGGUCUAAAAAAGUUGCUCCCCUCUCCGAGGCUGGUACAAGUCUCACGGUUAAAAGUGAAAGUGAGAGUAUAGAACAAAGCUCAUCAGAGGUCCCGGCAGCAACAACGGACAAUCCAGGACAUAGUAAGGGGAUGGAGACACUGGAGAGCACGAAGGAGCAUGAGGAAGACUAUAAGCCGGCGGAUAUCCACAUCCCUUCAUCAGUGGAGCCCAGCAAACCUUCUGGUGACACUACUGAGAGUCUAACUUUUGAAAAUGACAUCCAAGACAUGGGAAUCCCUGGGCUCAAGCUGAAGAGGGUGAGGAACCCCAAAGCUAUGCUGGCCAGUUCAGCCCGAUCUCGCUCCGGUGGUCGCGGCUCCAAGGGCUCACGCAAGAAGCAGAGUAAAUUUGUGUGGACCCUGACGUUAGUGAAGGGCAAAAGUAAGCCCGCUAAUGUGCCAGAGUCUGGAAAUCUUGGUAAAGUAACAGAAGGUGAAGGAGAGUCCACAUUAGAGAACCAAGCUCCUUCAGUUGACUCUUGGAUGAUUAAGAGUCCAGAGAAAGUGGACCUUGAGGAGGCCAAAGUUGAAGUUUCUCCAGAAGCAACUAAGCACAGAAGGAAGCGAGCAAAGUCGUUGAAACGGAAAAAAGAGAAGACAUCGCAAGGGCCAGAACUGGGAGAAGCAGUGCAGGCAUAUCCAGAUGAGGCUACGCAAACAGAGGCAGAUGUUUUAACUGGAGAAGAGGCCGUUCCACCAUUGCAGCUAAAGGUAGUUUCAUCACCAGGCAAAUUCAACACUCUGCAGCCAUCACUCUUGAUCCGUCGAGUUACCCCAGAUUCAGAGGAGAAAGAGCUAAUCACAGGAAAUAUCUGUGAAAUUCCUGAGGAGAAAUUUACCCCAUUGUUGGAGGUAGCUAUCCCACCUACUUGUAAAGUAAAGGCGAGGUCUAACCUCACCAGCUCACGAAAGAAACGUGGCCAUAAACCGUGGACGAGCCAUAAACGCAAGACAAAGAAAAACGUCUGCGUUGAAAACACUCCACAUUUGCAUGCUUCUGAAGCCAGUGCCCAGACUGAGGAAGUGUCAACAGUAGCUGUUACCCCUAAACCAAGACGACAAACUGGUAAAGUGGGACUUUCAGGGAGUAAAGGAUGUUCCUCUACAAGUAAGACAGAGUUGAUGUCAGAAACCGCAGAAUCUCCUGAGACAGCCUUCUCUGAACCUGUGGGAGUGACUGACACCCAACCAGAGGUAAAAGAGGAACUGGAAAUGGAGUCAAAAGAAGAUGCUGAGGUCUUGGUGCUGGAACCUCCAUUGACAGAGCAGCAACCAUUGUGUUUUGUCAGGAAACCCCGCAGACAUGGCAAGAAACGACGCAGGGCAUUAAUCGGACAAAGACUGAAGCGUAAAGGGCAGCCUCCUAGGUUACCCGAAGAGCAGGUUGAUGGUGACGACUGCUCUGCCAUGGCCACCUCAGCCCCUUUAAGACCCAAACUAAUUGGUGUCCUAAAAACUAAGUACCGCAGGAAACAGGUUCCUACCUCCAGCCUUCAGUUUUUCGGGAUGAAACGGCCAAGGGCAAGGCCCUUAAGUGAGGAAGUGGAAAGGGACUUAGCCCAUCAGCUUCUUAGCCACGAGGUGAAGCAGGAGGGAGAAGCGCUCCCAGUCUCCAGGGGCCUUCAGCGAGGAAAGUUCCUCAAGAAUAUCCGCCACUUUAUCAUGCCUGUUGUUAGUGCCCGCUCCUCACGGGUCAUCAAGACGCCAAAGAGGUUUAUGGACGAUGCCGGCAUGUCUGUUUUACCCCGGAGGAGCACUCCGAAGAAGGGCCACCACCUUGGCCUGCACCCGCGUUCGGUCAGGAAACGAGACAAUGCAGCCACCGGCGGCUUGUUUCCUGAUUUGCCUUUGUGCGAUCCGAAGAUUGAACCUGAAGCCCCAUUAGAUGCCGAUUUGCCCACAAGCCAGGAACCCGGUCAGGACUCCUUACUUGGGGCAGAAAGCCCGACCACAGAUGGCCUUACAGGGAAACGGAAAUCGCUUUUACGGGAGCCCAGUUUCAAGUGGCGUGUCCUUGGGGCUGCUGGGGGGGAAGUGUUCACUCUGGCUAAACCCAAAGUGCAGAAGAGUAAGUACAAGAAAGAGAUGCCCUCCAAAAGCUUCCUAUCAUCUGCAGACCCAUCUGCAGCCAGUCCUCACCUGAAAAGAGUCCCCAAGCUCAGCAAGGGGAAGAGACACACAACAAUCUACAAAAAACUGAAGAAGCUCCCCCCAGGUACUAGAAGGAAACGCAAUAAGAAGGAUGGAAUCAGCCUUAAUUUUGGCACCCCCGCUGAUACAGAGAACAGGGGUCAAGAUGAUGGUAGUGGAGGUUCUAGUCUGGCUAAAUCUCUCUCAGACACGGAGAAGGAGAAGGAGAAGGCCAAGCUGAAGAUUGAGGACCUCAAUUCCCCUGGGGUAGUGCGAAAAGUUUCAGUCUGUGUCCGCAGUCUGGAUUCUGAGGUCCUGAAGUCACAAUGUGGAGAGCAGCUGCAGGAACUGGAGAGGGAGAAGAUGAACAGGAAUGCAGACUCCUCAGGGCUGAAGUCCAAAGAAGAAGGUGACACACUCAAUACAGAAGCUGAAAAUCAGGACCCUCAGCCGGAGCUGGACCAGAGUUCAGAGAGUGAUAGGGUGGUUGUAGAGGAGAAGGGUGCCUCCCAACGAAUUCGUCUCACCAGUGCCAACAAGAGGAUGUUCCACCUUCUGAAGAGAGCCAGGGUCCAGCUCAUCAAGAUUGAUCAGCAGAAACAGCUAAAGUCCUCCCAGCUCUUGUCUGGGCCUUUGGCUGUGGGACCUCGGGAUGGAGGUACGGCAAGUGUGAAGAGGAGGCGGGUAAAGCAAAAGGAGCAACCUGAGCCUGACUCCUCAAACAAGAACGGUGCUCCUCAGGAGCUGCGCCGAGGGGGCCCACGGAUCAAGCACGUGUGCCGGGCUGCGGCGGUGGUGCUGGGGCAACCCCGCGCCAUGGUGUCCGACGACAUCCCCAGGCUCAGUGCCCUGCCGAUGCAUGAGAGGUCCAGCAUCUCCCCGUCCCCCGCCGCGCAAGGUGUGGGGUCACCCUCAGAGCCAGACAGCCCUGCUCUGGAGGACCAGAAGCCUCCGAAGGUUCGUGGUCUGGGCCCCAGGCCCCGGAGCGAGUACGGGCCCUUUGGAAUGCGCUCCCGGAGGUGCGGGGAGUGCAAGGGGUGCCUCCACGAGGAGGACUGUGGCGAGUGCAUCAACUGCCUGGACAAACCCAAGUUUGGGGGGCCCAACACCAAACGCCAAUGCUGCGUGUUUAAGCGGUGUGAUCAGAUCGAGGAGAGAAAGGCACUGCGUCUGGGAGGCAAGCUCCACAAGGGCCAUGUGAAACGCAGGCGGUCGUCGUUCAGCGGCUGUCACUCCAGCAACGAGGAGGGGGAUGGUGGGGACGGAGGGGGCCGGUCGUCACCGACGACGCCUGCCGACGGCGAGAGCCCCUCUGUGAGGAAGCAGCCACGCCGCUGCGUGAAGCCACGCUCCUACUGCGACCUGCUGGAUUACGACUCCGACCUGGACAUCAUGGCAGGCUCCAACUCAGCCUCCCCGGGCAGGCGGAGGGCCUCUGGCCCGCGCAAUCAAGACUUCGUGGCUCUGGACGGCUUCCCGGGCAGCGUAUCGGAGGAUGGCGUACGGCACCGCAGACCCGGCCAGCACAGAGUUCCGCCCGUGCGCCGCAAAGCUGAGAAGAGCCCCCUGGAGCAGACGCCGCCGAGUGUCUUGGCUGCACUGGCCAACGGAUUCGCGCAGAGGGAGAAGGAGCCCUCUGAGCCUUCGCACAAGAUCCGCGUCGACUUCAAGGAGGACUGUAACAUCCAAAACGUGUGGCUGAUGGGGGGUCUGAGUAUCCUCACCUCGGUCCCAGUCAUCCCUCAGUAUGUCUGUCUGCUCUGUGCAAGCAAAGGACACCACGAGAUGCUGUACUGUCAGGUGUGCUGUGAACCUUUUCACCGGUUCUGCUUGGAGCCUGCAGAGCGGCCCCUGGAGGAGAACAAGGAAAACUGGUGCUGCCGUCGCUGCAAGUUCUGCCACGUCUGCGGUCGCAGGAACAAGCACUCCAAGCCUCUGUUGGAGUGCGAGCGAUGUCAGAACUGCUAUCACCCUUCCUGCCUGGGACCCAACUACCCCAAACCCAACAAGCGAAAGAAGUCCUGGGUGUGCAUGACUUGUAUCAGGUGUAAAAGCUGUGGUGUGACUCCAGGGAAGAGCUGGGAUACAGAAUGGAACCACGAGAAGGGCCUUUGUCCCGACUGCACCAAACUCUAUGACCAGGGCAACUACUGUCCCAUCUGCUACAAGUGUUACGAGGACAACGACUAUGACAGCCAGAUGAUGCAGUGUGCCACAUGUAACCACUGGGUCCAUGCGAAAUGCGAGGGCUUGUCAGACGACCUGUACGAGAUCCUGUCCAGCCUGCCGGAGAGCGUGGUGUACUCCUGUGGGCCCUGCAGCCUGACCCAGCCCAGCAACUGGAGGGAGCUGCUCCACGUGGAGCUGCGGGCAGGGGUGGAGAAGGUGCUGGCCUGCCUGCUGACCUCUACCCUCACCCAGCACCUGGUCACCUGCAAGGAGUGUGCCUCUGUGAUGGGCCCCGACAACGGAUCAGAGGGGCAGCCAGCCUGUGACCUCCGCGCUGUGGGGAAGAAGUUUGACAAAGGCCUCUACACUACGCUGAAAUCAUUCCAUGAGGAUGUGGUCCAGGUGAUUCGGAAACAACUGGAGGAAGAAGAGAAGACUCUUCAGGAAGACCAGAGACCCACGGCGCUGGCUCGAUCCUACUACUUAAAGUUGCUGGAGGAGGUUUUCUGUUGGUUUAAUAGCCAGGACCCCAAAGUGUGGGAUCCACGCUCCAAAGAAUUACCAGCUGGGACGCUCCCCAACGCUGUGCUGCCCCCCUCCACCGAGCACCUGUACGCCCAGUUUCGUGAGCGGGAGGAGCAGAGGGCCAGAGUGCCUGUGGGACCCCAUCAGGAGGAGGAUGGGAACCCCAAGUUCAAAACUGAAGAAGGGCCCCGAUUCUCCACCCCCAUCUCCAGAAAACCAGCCAUCAGCUACUCCAGGAGCAACAAGAGCUUCAGGUUAAAGCUCAAAGGGAAGAAGGGGCGCCCGUCCAAAGCUGACCUGGAUACCGGGUGGUCGAAGGAGGAUGAGCGUCAGUGUUCCCUGUGCCAGAAAUAUGGGGAUGCAAAGUCCAAUGAUGCGGGUAGGCUGCUGUACCUGGGGCAGAACGAAUGGGCUCACGUCAACUGCUCCAUGUGGUCCGCCGAGGUGUUCGAGGAGGAGAAUGGUUCUCUGAUGCACGUGCACAGUGCCGUCGCCAGGGGGCGCCUCAUGCGGUGUGAGCGGUGCAAUCAGACCGGGGCCACGGUGGGGUGCUGCCUCACGUCCUGCCAGAGCAACUACCACUUCAUGUGUGCCCGCACCCGCAACUGUGUGUUCCAGGAUGACAAGAAGGUCUUCUGCCACAAGCACCGGGACCUCAUCAGCGGGAAGAUGGUCACUGGACAGGGGUUCGAAGUCCUGCGGAGGGUGUAUGUGGAUUUUGAGGGGAUCAGCCUACGUAGGAAAUUCCUGACUGGUUUGGAACCGGAGUCCAUUAAUAUGAUGAUAGGUUCUUUACAGAUCGAUAAACUAGGGGUGCUGACUGAACUGUCAGCAAGUCAAGGAAAGCUGUUUCCUGUGGGCUACCAAUGCUCUCGCUGGUACUGGAGCACAAGAGACCCACGCCGGCGCUGCAAGUACACUUGCAGGGUGAGGGAGGUGCGGCCCCCGGUCCAGGAGAAGCCUGUAGAGGAGACUCCCGAUCAGGGCGAAAACUGCACUAUAGCCCACAGCCCUAGUCCGCAAACGGAUGAGCCUACAGAAACGGAAAACCGAGAAACCGUUGAAACGGCUCCUCCACAUCCAGGUGAAGCGCUCCUCUGUGUCCCACCCCUCCUUUUCAAACCGGACCCAGGAGCUCGACCCAAAGUCCCUAGUUACCCACAGCCCAGGAGACCUGCGGGGGGACUGUCUCGCCCUUUGCCCUCACCAGGUACCGCCCUGUCCAAGUCCCACCACAUCCUCACCAUCAGUGACCUGGAGGAGACCCGCCGGCCCCGCCGCCACAGCCCCCACUCCCAUGGCUCGGGCACCCGCUGUCGCAUCUCUUCCCCACCGCUGGGCUCCGCCUCAGGACCAAUCACCCUCCGCGCCGGGGGGUCCCUGCACCCCAAAACCUCCCCGGCCACCUCCCCGCUUUUCCCUCUCGGUGCUACUGAAAACCUGCUGACCUCUCCCCCAGCCCGCCUGGGUGGAGGACGGAGUGCCUCCUCCUCCGCCCGGGGUCCCGGGACUGUGACGCCCCAUUCUACCUCAGGACUCUUUCCCCUGCCUCCGUGGCAGGACGGGCUCGGCAGUCCUCCCUCAUCCAUCCCCGACAGCCUCUCUGUAUCCCCAACCAUCCACCACUCCCCCAGACCACCUCGGCUGACAUUUGACCUGAACCAGCCGGACUCCGCGGAUGUGCCGCUCAACUUCAUGGCCUCGCCGGAGCUGAAGGAGUUAGCGUCGGCGAACGGAACCUCCUCACCGCUGAGCGUCGCCAUAGGGACAGGGAAGGGUGCUCAUCUGGUCCCGGAUCAGGAGUUCCCCUACGCGCCCUUUGUGGUGGACCCCGACGUGACCAUGGACUCUGUGCUGAACACGGAGCUGGAGUUUGAUGAAACCCUGCUGAAUGAGGGCGUGGCAAUGCACUGUGGGGCCCAGAUUGUGGUGGACGGGGAGGGGGAGGAGAACCCGGACGAGUACCGGGACAGUGAGGCAGACAAGAGGACGGUCCGCGUCAGGACACUGCGCCCCGCCGCUUCUGCGAGGGAAGAGUGGGGCAACACCUCCUCCGAUGAGGACAUGGAGAAUUACUUUGACUUCUCCCGCACCGUGGUCAGCCGUACCGCCCCGCCACAGACCUCCCCGUCUGCCUCCACCACGGCCAUCCCCCAGCUGGAUGGGGUGGAUGAUGGGACAGAGAGCGACGCUAGCAUUGCCACCAAUGACGGCACACAGAGCCUUAAGAGCUCGGGUCAGGCACAGGCUCAGAAGCCGACCCAGCUGGCCGAGGCUGUGCCUCAGGAGGAGAAGCGGAGCAACGGGUUAACAGACACGAGCAUGAUCUCUGUAAGCCCCACAUCAGCACUACUGCUCAGCAAACAGUCCGAGAAUUCAGGCAGGAGUAGUACCUCUAAGACUUUAGGGACUCCGUUUGCCUACAUAUCCUCAGGACCCCCAGAUGCAAGCAAUUCCCCCCAGCCAGGUGGUGCCAUCUCUGUCACCUCCAGUUUGCCACCUGACAGGACAGCAACUUACCUGGAAGCUCUCAAACAGUCUGCAACAGUAGAUCCAUCCCACAUGUAUAGUCCUUUAGAAAUGAGCUCUGUAUCCCAUCAGUCGCUUGGUGUAACGUCUCUGUUUGAAAAUGCAGUGUCCUCCGCACAAGGGCAGACUCUAAAGAAGGGGUCCUCGCAUCUUGCAGAACUGCAUCCAGUUGCAGCAGAGUUUGCAGAAUCGUUUGUGCAACACGUAGGUCUUUCAGAGGGAUCGAUGGAGCAGGCGAUGCUAUUAACAUCUGGCUCCAAUUCGGACAUGGCCACCGGGACUCUCCUUGCCCAAGAAUGUCAUGACCUUCCGUCACCCAAUGCUUCUUUGACUGACUUGGUAACAGUCCAGGAGGAACCUCAGAUUGACACCGACUCCACAGAAAUCCCCAAAGACAUCUUCCUGGACCCCAGCAGCGGGCACUUUGUUUCUGCUAAGGAUGGCACGGAGGUCUACUUGAACAACUUGACGGAGGCUAUGGAGGAUGAUGUUUCACUAUCAGGCUCUGUAAAUGGGAGCCAGAACAUCACAGCAGAUUCCUUUCCGCUCAACAGUGUCAGCUUGACUGAGGCCCCCAAGCCCAGUCAGUCUACGGCUGACUUUCUGCAGGUCAGUCCAUCGGUCCAGCUUCCAGUGCCCACUUUCAAACCUGCCCCUGUCCUGCACCCACCUGCACCCAGCCUUAGUGCCACGCUCGAUCCUCUGCAGUCAACCCAGAUGGCAACAGUUUUACCAUCCAUGGAGAGUUUCCGCACAUCCCUGCUGCACCAAGAGCCAAGGCUUCCUGCACCCAUUGGAGGCAUGACUUAUGUUUCCUCCAGUUAUCCACCUCAGCAAGAAACCAUAGUGUCAAUGACACCAGCCUCUGGUCUUCCUCUCGGAUCCUAUGGGACAGUGUCUGUGCCUGUGUUCCCGACUCAUUCUCUGCCAACAGGCUCCACGACUGUUAACCUUGUGUCCUCUUCUGCUUCCGCCACCACCUCUUCAGAAGGCCUUUCUUUCCAAGUGAGGGAAGCCAGCCAGUACCAGCCUGUCUGUCCCACACCCCUUCAGACCCCUACUUCCGCCCCCAUCCUGAUCAAUGGGUAUAACACUGCAGCCGUGCAAAAGGAUGCCUCGAGGAGUCGCACAAUCUCCAUAAACUUCUCCACUCCCAGGCCAGCGUUGGAACCCCAGCAGCCAGUGUUGACGCCAAACGUUCCAGGCCAUGCCAUCCUCACGGUGCGCGAAGUGGGUGGCCCCAACGUGGACUCCACCCCGCACGUGCUGCUUGUGAACCGUCUUGGCCAGAUCUUCGUCAAGAACCCCGACAGCAACACCUUCCACCUGCCCAGUCCCAACUCCCCAUCCUACGGCUGCGUUAGCCAGAUUGCUAACCUCCUUCAGAGCAACGCCCUCUCCACCACCCUGGCGGCCGCGGGGAACAUGACAACAGCCGCGGGCGCUGCUGUCCCGGCGCAUGUCCCCAGGAUGGUGACCCCCAUGCCAUCCCCAGGGGUGGUCCACAACCCUGCCACCACUGCCCGCCUCAUCACCUACAGCAGCAACGGGGCGGUAUCUCCCAGUGAUGUCCUCAUGGGGAAGAAACCAAAAGCAUCUGCCAAGGGUGCCGUGCCCGGCGUCAAGAAGCCCAGGAAGAAGAGAGUAACGCCCAUUCCCAAGAAAACCAAAGCAGCCAGUGGCUUAGACUCAUCAUUGUGGCCAGCUCCCACCACCCUGCCACCCAAAGCUCGCGGUGGGCCCUUGCCCAACCCGGCAACGAAAAGCGAAAGUGCCCAAGCCAUAAUCAAUCAAGCCAUGGCCAGCAACUACAACCCCAACCGGGCAGGUACCCAUAUUCUUGCCCCCUCACGCUUCCGAGCCCCUCCUGCCUUGAACAGGGUGCGGGCGCAGAGCUCGGUGGUCCUGCCGCCGGGUCUCCUCGUCGAAUCCGAGCCCACAGCCACCCCUGGGAGCGCCGUUUCCCGGCCCCGGACCCAGGUUCGCAUGAAGAGGGUUUCGUCGCUGUCCGACCGCAUUGCUACCAAAAAAUCCAAGAUGGAUUUCAUCGAGCUGGAGCCCCCUGGUGUUCAGGAGGACUCGCGGAAGGCCACCAGUGCAGCCGCCAGCAGGUCUGGGGGUGUCCGUAUUAAAACCCCGACGGUGAAAGGGGUCCUGGACCUCGACAAACCAAAGGAGGAGCGCCACAGCGACUCUGAAAACAUGAGACCUGGACCCUGGGAUCGGCUAUCGUCUGUGUCCCGAGGUGUGGACCUUGGCUACAGCAAACCCCAGGCCUGGGAGAGCGUGGGGCGUAACGCCCUGACCGAUUGGAACAAAUACUCAGGUGCAAUGUCGAGCUCGGAAGAUGAGAUGCCCCCUCCGGAUCUGGAUGACGAGCCUCCGCCCUCCCGAGACCAGCCACACCUCCGCUUUGAGAUCACCAGCGAGGACGGCUUCAGUGUGGAGGCUGACAGCAUAGAGGUGGCAUGGAAGGCCGUGAUUGACGGGGUCCAGGAGGCCCGGGCGGCGGUGCGGCUUAAGCAGCUGUCCUUUGCGGGCAUGAGCGGGGCGCGGAUGAUGGGCAUGCUCCACGACGCCGUGCUCUUCCUGGUGGAGCAGCUGCAGGGCGCCUCGCGCUGCCAGGGCCACGUCUUCCGCUUCCACAAGCAGGACAACCAGGAGGAGGAGCUCCCGGUCAACCCCAGCGGCUGCGCCCGCUCCGAGGUUUACCUGCGGAAGUCCACGUUUGACAUGUUUAACUUCCUGGCCUCUCAGCACAGGCAGCUCCCAGACAAUGGGCUGUAUGACGAGGAAGAGGAUGAGGUUCCACUCAAGUCAACCAGGCGCGCCACAAGCCUGGAACUCCCCAUGGCCAUGCGCUUCCGACACCUAGAGAAGACAUCGAAAGAGGCUGUAGGGGUGUACAGGUCUGCUAUCCACGGGCGGGGUCUGUUCUGCAAACGAAACAUAGACGCAGGGGAGAUGGUGAUCGAGUACUCCGGCAUCGUCAUCCGCUCUGUGCUGACAGACAAGCGUGAGAAAUACUACGAUGGCAAGGGCAUCGGCUGCUACAUGUUCCGCAUCGACGACUUCGACGUGGUGGACGCCACCAUGCACGGCAACGCGGCGCGCUUCAUCAACCACUCGUGCGAGCCCAACUGCUACUCGCGCGUCAUCAACGUGGAGGGCCAGAAGCACAUCGUCAUCUUCGCCCUGCGCAAGAUCUACCGCGGCGAGGAGCUCACCUACGACUACAAGUUCCCCAUCGAGGACGCCAGCAACAAGCUCAGCUGCAACUGUGGGGCCCGCCGCUGCCGUCGCUUCCUCAACUAGUGGCCCAGCUGCAG